UAAAAGGCCACACAGUGAUGGAGAAAACCAGACAAGCAAGAAGAGGAAUGUUCAGCUGGAGACACCAGAAAUGAAUGGCUUUGCCAUACACAGAACCAAGAAAGCACUGAGAUUAUCCCCAGCAUUGUUUAGUGAUACCUGUGAAAUUCAGCAUGGGUCUUUGCAUCAACUCAUCAAAUAUGCUGUUCUAGGAAAAGAGCAUACAACACAGGCAAGCUGGUGUAGCAUUCAUCAUCAAAAGCGUCUUCACGGUGUUGUUGUCAUUGUGUUGGAGGAUCUGAGUCAACACCAUUUUUACCAGUUUUAUAUGCACUUGCGUUGUCUCCGGAAACUGUUCCAACAUAGGUUCAGCUUGCCACCUCCUCCAAGGGACUUUGUUGCUUCCCUUGUUGGCCUGGAACUUGUUGAUGACAAAGCCAGGGCAGAAGAGCAGACAGGUCUAAAUCAUCUGCACAGCAGCUUGAAUGAUCCUGUUAAUAAGCUCAAUAGUUCUUCAGCAACCAAAUAUAGUCUGGCAUGUGACCCCAUCCUACGGAAAUAUGGAAAGGAAAGGCAAGGACUGACAAGGUAUCUACUUUCUGAAGAAGAGAUGAGGAAAAAUGAUUAUCCAUGUAUAGGCUCCCCGGAUACAGAGAACUAUGUGCACUCAAACUGCAUGGAGGAACCUACUGACAGCAGUCCUUUAUUUGGUUUGGAUUGUGAAAUGUGUUUGACCUCUAAAGGGAGUGAGCUGACAAGAGUCUCUUUGGUGGAUGCCAGUGGUUGCUGUGUUAUGGACGAACUGGUAGUGCCUGACAAUCCCAUUCGGAAUUACAUGACCAGAUUCUCUGGGAUUACCAAAAAGAUGCUUCUCCCAGUGAAAACAAAGUUAAAGGAUGUCCAGGAAAAAUUUAAAGAACUUCUACCCCCAGAUGCUGUAUUGGUGGGUCACUCCUUAAACAAUGAUCUCCGAGCUUUGCAGAUGAUACAUCGAAAUUUGAUCGACACUUCCCUUCUUUUUUCUCGAGAGUUUGGAAGGAAGUUUAAGUUAAAGUUUUUGGCCCAGGCAGUAUUACAAAGAGACAUUCAGAGUGAAGAUGUGGUUGGUCACAGGCCCUCAGAAGAUGCCGCAGCAGCUUUGAAAUUAGCACAGUAUUUUAUCGAGUUUGGCCCAGAGAAGGUAGCUCAUCUUAAUCUGGAGUCAAUAUUUGUGGAUGCAAAUAAUGCUUUGAACACAGAAAGUGAUAAAAACUCAGACAUCAAAGAGAAUGGGCUCCUUCCUCAUGCCACGCAAAUGGACAAAAGCAGCCUUGUAGACUCAUUGCAAAAAGUUGGACAAAAGGUCAUGUACCUAACCAGAAUGGAUGCAGUGAGCAGUCCUACCCAUUUAACGCAAUUUGAGAAUGUUUCGUGUGCAUCAAAUGAGGAGGUCCUACAAAGAGCUGUUGAUGUGGUUCCUCUGUCUCCGGUUACUGUUGUUAGUUAUCAGCCUGGAAGCAUUUUCAGCAGACACAGUGUGGGCACUAAAGAAAAAGUAAUACGGAAGUAUGAAGAGAUGAUGACAAUAUUUGCUGGACCCUUUAAAGAGCCUGUGUGCCUAAAAUCUGUGAAGAUGCAUUUCCAGAUCUGCGGCCCUAUCCAUUCACUAAACAUGAUAUUAGAUACUUGUCAGCCUUAUGUCUGCAUUAAGUACAGUGUCUUGGAAGCUGCCCAACUUGCUGUGAAACAUUUGAAUGGCACAUAUGUUAAUGGCUGCUGCAUCAAGGUUCAGAGGCUGGUAACUAGAAUGUCGCUUGAUUAUGAGGACAUUAUAAAGGAUAUGGAAGAAGAUCCAGAAAAUAGAGAGACUUUAUAUGUCUCUGGAUUUAUGAAACCCUUAACUGAACAUUUUCUUCAACAGCAGUUUGGUCAUUUUAAAGAAAUCAAAGCAAUUUUUCUACCAAGGAAUCCAGGAAGCCAACAACAUGAGAAAUACUGUUUUUUAAAAUUCCAAAGCCCAGACAGUGCUGCUGUGGCUGCUGUACAUAUAUGUACCCAUGGUGGAUUUAUGUGUCAGAAGGCAGUCACCUCUAGCCACUUGCUUCGCUGGUUUCAACAAGCAAUGUUUAGUAUCCCCUCACACCUGCCAUUAAGCCUUGAAAACAUCCCUAAGGCUGAUCUUUCAGAAAUCAUCAAGAAUACAGAUACAAAAAUUAAUCAGAUGUAUAAGAAUCUUGCAUUGAACACUCUGUGUAUCAUCCUUUUCCCUGGUAACAAUCGGGAUGGUGGAGUCUUUCCAGGCUUUGGUUUGAUGGGAAUUAAAACUGACCAUAUAUGA